GCGAGUCUCUCUGGAGGUGGCAGGAACUGGAGCUGGAGGACCUGGGUUCAAAUCCUGGCUCACUGCCUCCCAGUCAGGUGAUCUGCAAAAGAUUUGCCACCUCUCUGACCGUCUGUCUCUUCAUCAGUGAAACAUUAAUCCCCUCACGUACACACCUAUGGGUUACCAAGGGAAUAAGGUGCUUAGAACAGCACCAAAGGUAGAAAAUGCUUCCCGUUACCCACUGUGGUCACAGCAACCACUGUCACUCGAUGAUUGGUUGAUUUUAUGUCAGCUUGGUUGGGCCACAGCACCCAGAUGUUUGACUCAACAUUCUGGAUGUUUCUGUGAUAGUAUUUUUUAGAUAAGAAUAAUAUUUAAAUUAAUAGAACUUAAAAAGGAAAUAGAUCAUCCUUCAUAAUGUGAGUGGACCUCCCAUGAUCAAUUGAAGCCUUAAUAGAACAAGAAUGAACAGAAGGACUUCUGCCAGUGGAGUGCCCUUGGACAUGAGCGGUCUCCUCCUGGGCCUCCAGCCUGCCCGCUAUGCAGAUUUUAAACCUGAAUCAUCUGCGGUCCUAUGAGCCAAUCCCUUAAGAUCUUUCUCGUGUGUGUGUGUGUGUGUUCCCAGCGCUGGGGAUGAACCCGGGGUGCUCUACCACUGAGCUACAUAGCCAGCCCUUUUUAUUUUGAGAUGGGGUCUCUCUAAGUUGCUGAGGCUGGCCUCCAACUUACCAUCCUCCUGCCUUAGCCUCCUGAGUUGUUGGGAUGACAGGUGUGCGCCUGUCUUCUCUGAUUUCUCUUGUUGGGUCUUUUCCUGGGGACCCCUGUCUCUGCAUCUGUCUCCUCAGUCACAAUUGUCUUACGAGUCGGGCUGCCACACUCCCAUUUUGUGGAUGACAAAACUGGGGUGCAGAGAGUCGGGGCACUUGCCAAGGGGUGUGGUGUCACUGGGAAUCAGCCAGCUCUGUGUGGCCCCCAAACUACUCUCUCCCCGACCUUGACGUCCACACCUGGUGCUGACCGCCCUGAGGAGACCUGCUCAACUCAACCAAUGCCGCGGAGGGGAGCACCCACGGCCCGUUGGCUGGAGCCUGGUCAGGCCCAGGCCCAGGCAGGCCAGCUGACCUCUGGAGGGACGUGUCCUGGCCCGUCUCCACCUUCAGGUAGCAGAGGAGGGCUGUUUCUAGCCCACAUCUCCCUCCAUAGUCCCCCAUCAGGACCGUCGGCAUGGAGGGUCUCAGAGCUGGGGAGGCGGGGGCCCGCGGCUCCUCGGCAGGCGCAUCCCGACUCCCUCGUGGCCACCGCUGAUUUGUGUGAGACGGGGCUGGCCUCCAGACAGGGAGCCCACGCGAGGGUGUGCCCCGGGACAGAGGACGGUACCUGGGGCGCCCUGACCCCAGCAGAUGGAGGGGAAGGCUGGCAUUUCAGGAUCAAGGGCCACAUGUGACUUGCUCAGGUCACUCAGUGCAGAGCUGGCUGGGUCUUGGCAGACUGGCUCAUGCAGCCUCCGUGUGGUGCUGGGGACGAACCUGGGCCUCAUGUGCUAGGCCAGUGCUCUGCCCCUGAGUGGCACCCCCAGCUCGUGUAGCCUCCACGGCGACCUUACCAGGUCGGUCACUCUCAGCUUUUGUGGCAGGGUUGGUGGAGGUCAGAGGUGGAAGAACUGGCCAAGGUCAUGUGACUGGUUAGUGGAAGUGGGCUUGAACCCAGGCUGGGCCCGCGGCUCCUGCUGCCUGGCCGCUGCUCCAACAGGCCCCUGGCUCCCGCAUGCUCUGCCGGGGCCAUUGUAUCCCCCCUACCCACCUCCGUGUCCUUUUCGCUGGGCCAAGGGGUGACAAAACUGCCACUCACUCUGUUCCCGUGGCCCUCCACCACCCUGAGCUUGGGGCUGGUGGCCUUCGAGGCCCAGCGGCUGCUCCCUGCCCGGGGAACUCGGGCCUCUUUGCAUGGUCACCACCGUAAGUCCCCGUGUCCGUGGUCACCCAAGGAGUCCUUCAUUUCCCUGCUGUGGCCAGGAGCCCAGCCGUAGCCUGGGUUGAAGCGGAACCAUUUGACUGAGGCCGGACAUCCCUGCCACCGCUGUCCCACGGGCUUCCAGUGGUGCGUGCCCUCUAAGGAAAUGAGUGGCCACCUGGGCCAGCUCCAGGCCAUUGGUCUGGCCCGAGCUUCAGCGGGGGUGGGCAGAGGAGGUCAGGUGCAGGCCCGGCCCCUCUGCAGGCCCUGGCCUUCCGCAGCAGUCCUGGGCUCUGCUUAGAGGCUGUACUGAGCUGGACGCGCCAUGCCCGGGCAUCGAGCCCAAUGCUUCAGACACCACGUCUCAUCCUCUGCACAGACCCAGGGAGCUCCGGUGUUUCCAUUUUACAGACGGGGACACUGACGCCCAGGCAGGGGAACGGGUCACCAGGAACGAAUGACACAUCCCACAUCUCCAUUUGACAAGCACUUGGCAUAACCAGCCCCAGAGCCAGACAGGCUUGGGACAGGAUCCCUGGCCUUGACCCUCUUCCCUGUGCCUUGACCUCCCAGCUCGGGGGUCGACAUUCUCAGGAAGCUGAGGAGGGAGUGAAAAGUUUAAAAAUAAGGUCCCUCCCCACAGAUUUUGCAUAAGGGCGCUUGAUGAACGAAAACUAGCAAUUCCACCCUCUGUGACGUGUCUGCAUCCCAGAAACACGCGUGCCAGGAAGGGGGCGAUUCGGGUGUAGCUGAGAACCCACUGGCAGGGAGGUCUUCGCACUGAUUUUCUUGGACCACGCCAGCCUGGGACCGAGGUGAACAUAUUUAGCCCCAUUUUACAGAUGAGAGACUGAGGCUCAGGGAGGUAGCGAGGGACCCAGGCAGGUUUGGUGAGGCGGGAGGAGCAGUGUCCACGCCACAGCAGUCACCCGGCUGGGGAAGUCCUAGGGGAGCCCUGGGGCCAGCCUGACCUUCCGCCCCCCCGAGGGGCAGGAUGAGGAGACUGCUGGGGCUGAGCCUCUGAGAACUGCGGCUCAGGCCUCCCCAGCGGGCCUUCCCCAGCAGGCUGGAGAGCAGCUUGUCCCCCCGCCCUUCUCUGGGCUCCCUGCAGCCCAGCGUGGCCUGGCCGAGGGUGUGCUGGGAGAAGGGACCGGCAGGAGGGGCGGAGAAGCAAGUGGGAGAAGACAGACAGGGUGGGGGGCCGCAGCCUUGCCCCGGGCCCAGCCCCACACACCACCAGGGCCUGGGGGGAAGGAAGUGCAGGGCGGCCCCCUCCAGCCUGCGCCCAGGUCCUCUCCACAGCACCAGGGAGCGGAUGCCAAGGCAAAUGGGCACCUUCUGGACUGGUCAUUUCCAUGGCCCACCCCUCCCCUUCCCUGCCUCCCCACAGGUUUUGCAUAAGUCUGUCGUGGCUGGCUGUCACCACGGCGACCAGUGGUCACACAGUGUGAGCCCAGGGACAUCCGGUCCUGGACCAGGCUCUGAGGGUUGUUGGUCCACCUCAAGGUGCAGGCCAUCACUGGAUGACGAUCACCAACGUGGCGUCCUGAGGACACUGGAUGGCAUCCACUCUGUCCCCCUGGGAUGGGGGCAGAGCUGGACCAGAAGCCAGGAUGGGAAGAUAGCGGUCAUACCUUGAAAGGUAGAAUAGCCUAAGGUGACAGAGCGUAGCCAUGCUCAGCACAGGAGCUGGCAGGUGGGGAGCCCUCAAGAUGCGUCACCGUAGAAACACCUUGAGCUCAUCACAGUCGCUGGACACUGAAGCUCCCACAGCACAGAUCGGCCUCCCCUCAGGAGCCUCAACUGGCCGGUGCCAUCCUCCUCCUCACCCGACCUCAGGGGCGCGUGUGAUUGGCCUGGGGGACCCAGGGAAGUCAGCCUGCCUUCCUGGACUUUGGGUGACUGCCCCCUGGACCUCGUCUCCCUGUCUGCGUGAUGGGAGUGAGCGUCUCUGCAGCCGCCUCAGCUCUGACUUGAAAUGCCCCUCGGGGCGCCUGCCCACCUGGGCUGCCCUGCAGGGGCCCUGAGGUCUGUCCCUUGUGUGUCCCUGGCUCUCAUGUCAUGGCCAGUCCAGCCCACUGCACCGAUGGCCUCCCCAGCUCCAGAGCAUCCCAGGACCCCCAGCUCCUGUGUCCUCCCAGGUGACACGUGCAUCAUAGCGCCUCCCUGUGGCUGUGCCCGGAGCCGAUCCUCCUCCAACACCUGUCUUGAGGGGGCACCGAGUGGGGGAAGGGCAGCACUGUCCCCUCCCCCUCGUGGCAGCACAGGUCUACGUGGGCCGGGGUCAAGGGCGGGCCCAAGAUCACCAGGGAACCCUGAGUCCAGGCCUCGCUGGCUGGUUUUGUGUGUUUUUUUCAGGGAUAGGGAUUGAACCCCCAAGCUCCAGCCCCGCUCCUGUUGGUUUUGAUUUUGAGACAGCUCUCGCGCGUUGGCCAGGCUGCCUGGAGCUUGCCAUCCUCCUGCCUCCGCCUCCCGACUCGCUGGGGUCCCAGGCGCGGCCGCCACUGCUACUGAUUUCAAAUGCCCAUGGUCUCACCUCGAGGACAUCGGCCAGGAGGGGUCUGUCCCCGGCUCUGGAGCUGCUGAAGACACCCAACUUCCUCAGGGCAACUAUGAGACACUUUGGGGACACAGAGGGACACUCUCAGCUGGGGAAGGAGCCAGGGGUGUCCCUGGUGGCUGUCCGUUUUGUUACAAGAAGGGACAACCUAGCACUUUGGCCGUCUCCCCUUUCUCCAGGGACAGCUCUGAGCCCUGCUGUUUGCAGGUGCUAUUUUAUUUAAUUCCCACGCCACAGUCCCAUGAGCCGAGUUAUGAUCCUUAUUUCAACGGGGAGGAAACAGAGCCUCAGAGAGGUUAAGCAGCCUGCCCUUGGUCACACAGCAAGGCUGAUGUCCAAUAAAAGUCGUCAGAGUCGUGCUGCCUCGGGGUUCCCAGCAGGAACGGGUUGCAAGGCGAGGCUGGAAACAGGUCCUGGUAAUGUGCAGGUGAGGGCUUUGCUGCCCAGCGGGUCCUUGAACAGGUGUGGGGCAGUGUCUUGGAGGAGGAGGAGCUCAACAGAGGUCACCUGUCACCUGUCUCUGUCACCUCUUCGUAUCUUGGAGCCCCUCUCCCGUCAGCAGGUGAAUGCCAGGGACAGCUCUGAGCGGUUUGAUUUGCCCCCUGAGCCUCUUCCAGGCCCUGUCCUGGCCGUGUGGACAGGCCUUCUGUGUCCCCUGGUGGCGUCUCCUCCCUCCGACUCCUGGUGGGCACUCGGAGGGGCUCAUCACAGAGCUGGGGGGGCUGGCUGACCAUGUGGCAGAAACCCCGUGACGUCACGUGGAAUGGCAGGCGGGUGACCUGUCAUGGAGUCACACUGCGUGGCCUGAGCCCCAGCCCUGCUGAGUUCCAGCUCCUCGGCGCCUGAGUCUCCUCAUCUGAGUGGGGGUGGGGACAGCCUGGCUGUUGGGAGCACUGAAGGAGGUGGGGCGGCAGGCCGUCCCGAUGCCUGGCUCUUGCUGACAGAGGCCACUGGAGCACCCCGUGGGCCGGGUGCCUGUGCCAGGCCUGGUCUGGCUGGGCUCUUGGGGUCUUUUGCCACCUGUCCCAUCUCCUGGGAGUGCCAGGGCCCUUAACUUCUGAAAUGUUGAACGUUAGGGAGAAGAAACUUGUUCCCAGCCAAGUGGCAGGCGUGAGGGUGUGGCCAGGUCAUAGGGUGCCUUCUCCCUCCAAAUGGGGUCCUCCUCCCAGGCCACCCUGGGCUCUCAGGAAGGAGCUCCCUAGUUCUGGUCUCCUCUCCUGUCCCCAGAGCCUUGAAGCCCCCCACCUGUCCUGGUGCCCCACAGUCAGCAGCAGGACCGUCGCUAUGUAAAUGUCUGUGCAAAUGUCCUGGGUCAAGCCUCCGGCUCCCCAGGGAGGCAGAGCCUCCUCCCGACACUGUCACUUCACGGCCAUGGGGCGCCCGGGGAAGAUGUUCCUCUCCCUAAUCUUCUUGCUGCAGGUCCUGGCCGGGCCAACCCGGACCACCGAGAACUCAGAGUUCUAUCUGGCUGGGGACUACCUGCUGGGUGGUCUCUUCACCCUCCAUGCCAACAUGAAGGGCCCUGCGCAUCUCAAUGUCCUGCAGGUGCCCAAGUGUGAGGAGUACGACCUGAAGGUGCUGGGCUCCAACCUGAUGCAGGCCAUGCGCUUCGCGGUGGAGGAGAUCAACAACCACACGAGCCUGCUGCCCGGGCUGCUGCUGGGCUACGAGAUAGUGGACAUCUGCUACCUCUCCAACAACGUGCAGCCCGUGCUCUACUUCCUGGCGCAGGAGGACUACUUCCUGCCCAUCCUCGAGGACUACAGCGACUAUGUGCCCCGCGUGGUGGCUGUCAUUGGCCCUGACAACUCCGAGUCCACCAAGACGGUGGCCAACUUCCUCUCCCUCUUUCUCCUUCCACAGAUCACCUACAGCGCCAUCUCUGACCAGCUGCGUGACAAGCAGCGCUACCCGGCCAUGCUCCGCACGGUGUCCGGCGCCAGCCACCACAUCGAGGCCAUGGUGCAGCUGAUGCUCCACUUUGGCUGGAACUGGAUCGUGGUGCUGGUGAGCAACGACGACUAUGGCCGGGACAACAGCCAGCGGCUGAGCGACCGGCUGGCGGAGGGCGGCGACAUCUGCAUCGCCUUCCAGGAGGUGCUGCCCAUGCCCGAGCCUGACCAGACGCUGACGCCCGACCAGCGGGCGCACCUGAGCGGCAUCCUGCUCAAGCUGCAGCAGACCACGGCGCGCGUGGUGGUGGUCUUCUCCCCCGAGCUGGCCCUGCACGUCUUCUUCGACCAGGUGCUGCGCUGGAACAUCACCGGCACCGUGUGGAUCGCCUCCGAGUCCUGGGCCAUCGACCCCGUCCUGCACAACCUCACCGAGCUGCGCCACACGGGCACCUUCCUGGGCAUCACCACCCAGGAGGUGCCAAUGCUGGGCUUCAGCGAGUUCCGCAUGCGCCGCGCUCAGGACGGACCGCCGCCCCCCAACAGGACCAGCUCGCGGGCCACCUGCAACCAGGAGUGCGACGGCUGCUUGAACAUCACCGAGUCCUUCAACACCAUCCUCACCAGCUCCGGGGAGCGCGUGGUCUACAGCGUGUACUCGGCCGUCUACGCCGUGGCCCACGCCCUGCACAGCCUCCUGGGCUGCACCCAGACCCACUGUGCCAAGGAGGUGGUCUACCCCUGGCGGCUACUCGAGAAGAUCUGGAAGGUCAACUUCACCCUCCUGGGCAACCAGAUCUUCUUUGACCAGCAAGGGGACGUGCCCAUGCGCCUGGACGUCAUCCAGUGGCGAUGGGAUCUGCCACUGAACCCCUUCCCGAGCGUCGCCUCCUACUACCCCGCGGAGCGGCGGCUCAGGAACAUCCUCAACAUCUCCUGGCACGCCCACAACAACACGGUCCCCACGUCCAUGUGCUCUAAGAACUGUGAGCUGGGACAGAGGAAGAGGCCAGUGGGCAUCCACCCCUGCUGCUUCGAGUGCAUCGACUGCUCCCCGGGCACCUUCCGCAACCAGACCUCAGAUGAGUAUGUGUGCCAGCCCUGCCCGAGCUCCUCGUGGUCCCACAGGAAAGACACCUCCUGCUUCCAGCGGCGGCUGACCUUCCUCGAGUGGCACGAGGCGCCCACCAUCAUCGUGGCCAUGCUGGCCGCCCUGGGCUUCCUCAGCACGCUGGCCACCCUGGUCAUAUUCUGGUGGCACUUCCCGACGCCCAUGGUGCGCUCGGCCGGGGGCCCCAUGUGCUUCCUGAUGCUGGGGCCGCUGCUGCUGGCCUACGCCAUGGCGUGGGUGUACGUGGGGCCGCCCUCGGCCUUCCGGUGCCUGUGCCGGCAGGCCUUCUUCACCCUCUGCUUCACAGUCUGCAUCUCCUGCAUCACCGCGCGCUCUUUCCAGAUCAUGUACGUCUUCAAGAUGGCCCGCCACCUCCCGCGGGCCUACGGCUUCUGGGUCCGCUACCACGGGCCCUACGCCUUCGUGGCGCUCAUGACGGCCAUCAAGGCGGCCAUCGUGGUGGGCAACAUGCUGGGCACCAGCACCAACCCCACCGUCCGUUCCGACCCCGAAGAUCACAACGUCAUGAUCGUCUCCUGCCACCCCAACUACCGCAACGGGCUGCUCUUCAACACCAGCAUGGACCUGCUGCUGUCCGUGGUGGGCUUCACCUUCGCCUACCUGGGCAAGGAGCUGCCCACCAACUACAACGAGGCCAGGUUCAUCACCCUCAGCAUGACCUUCUCCUUCACCUCCUCCGUCUCCCUCUGCACCUUCAUGUCGGUGCACGACGGCGUGCUGGUCACCAUCAUGGACGUCUUGGUCACGGUGCUCAACUUCCUGGCCAUCACCCUGGGGUACUUCGGCCCCAAGUGCUACCUGAUCCUCUUCUACCCCGAGCGCAACACCACAGCCUACUUCAACAGCAUGAUCCAGGGCUACACCAUGAGGAAGGACUAGCCCUGCCGCUGGGUCUGCGAUGAGGCCUCGGCGAGGGGAGACGGGGCCAGGGUCUCAGAGGGACACGUGGCCGUCAUGCCCGAGGACUCCCACCUCGCCCCGGUCGGUCACUUGGCAUUCCUCUGAGGUUCUCUGCAGCCUGGCCAUGCUUACCCACUUGGGGACGGAUGCCUAAAAAUGUCCACACUUUGUCCCUUCCCCUUGAGCUGUUUCAUUUGUCAGGCGCUGCCACUUGCUUCUAGUAGACAUGACCCAAGGUGACCUAUUGGUCUCCAAGGACAAAGGCUGAUUUAGCGGCUCACUGCCGCCACCUGGUGGUCGCCUUGGGCACCUGCAGCUCUAGCUCGUUGCCCUGAGUCCUGCUGGAGGCUGAGCUUCCCGUGCUGAUGGGGGCUGGGGUUGCGCGAGCCCCCACGUGCUGCGUGGCGUCAAUCCCUUUCCCAAAGAGCCCAGACCGGGCCUCCAUGUUCUAGGUGACGGCUGGGCACAGAGGGUGCUUCAUAUGU